UGCCAAGCUGAGCCCCACCGCCGGCCUCCCCACAGCCGCCGCCGCCCCCGCCGCGCGCGAGCCCCGGAGAUGGUGCAGCAGACCAACCACGCGGAGAACACGGAGGCGCUGCUGGCCGGCGAGAGGUCGGACUCGGGCUCCGGCGCCGAGCUGGGCCUCGCCUCCUCCCCGACGCCGGGCUCGACGGCGUCGACGGGCGGCAAGGCGGACGACCCGAGCUGGUGCAAGACGCCCAGCGGCCACAUCAAGCGCCCCAUGAACGCCUUCAUGGUGUGGUCCCAGAUCGAGCGGCGCAAGAUCAUGGAGCAGUCGCCCGACAUGCACAACGCCGAGAUCUCCAAGCGCCUGGGCAAGCGCUGGAAGCUGCUCAAGGACGGCGACAAGAUCCCCUUCAUCCGCGAGGCCGAGCGGCUGCGCCUCAAGCACAUGGCCGACUACCCCGACUACAAGUACCGGCCCAGGAAGAAGGUGAAGUCGGGCGCCGCCAAGCCCGGGGAGAAGGGCGGCGGCGGCGGCGGCGGAGGAGGAGGCGCCUGCAGCCCCGCCGCGACGGCGGCCCCCAAAGCGGCCCCCAAGAAGGGCAGCGCCGCCAAAGCCUCCCCGGGCAAGCCGCAUCCCAAGCUGAGCCUGGGCGGCUGCAAGGGCGCGCCGUCGGAGCCGCCGGCCGCCCCGGAGCCGCCCGCGCUGCACAGACCCCGCGCCGCCUCGCCGGGCGCCGCCGCCUCGCCGUCGGGGGGCAAGCACCUCCCCGAGAAGAAGGCCAAGCGGCUCUACCUCUUCGCCCACGCCUCGCCCGGCGGCGCCGUGCCGGCCAGCCCCACGCUCAGCGCCGACGCCGCCGACCCGCUCAGCCUCUACGACGAGGCGGCCGCCGCCGCAGGGGAGCCCCCCGGCUGCUCGCCGUCGGACCACCGCAGCUACACCAGCCUGCGGGCGCCCUCGCCGGCGCCGUCCACCGCGCGCUCCUCCUCCUCCUCCUCCUCGUCGUCGGGCUCCUCGUGCGCCUACUCCUCCUCGGACGACGAGUUCGAGGACGACCUGUUGGACCUCCAGCCCAGCCCGGGCUUCGACGGCCUGGCCCUGGGCAGCCUGGGCUCGGCGGCGGCGCUCGACCGGGACCUGGACUGUCACCUGGAGGCCGGCGCCGGCUCCCACUUCGAGUUCCCGGACUAUUGCACGCCGGAGGUAAGUGAGAUGAUCUCCGGGGACUGGCUCGAGUCCAGCAUUUCCAACCUGGUCUUCACGUACUGA